CUUUGCAUAUGUGUUACAAAGAAAGAUGCCACCGAAGCGAGCAAAAAACAAAUCAAAAGCUCACAGAGAAACCGAGAAGGUGGAGAACGAUACCGGAGAUGUAAAUGGAGUCGCGCUUGAUCACAAGAUUCUCUUAAAUCCUGCUUUCAAACUGGAAGAGAUCAUUGAGCGCGGUUCAGCGGCUACCAUGAGAAGUUGGAGCGCUGUUGUCACGGAAAAUUUGAACUGGCUUCAAUCGCAAAAGGCUGCUCUAAAAGAACUCAUAAGAAAUGCGGGUGCGCCGGAAAAGUCAGUUCCGAAAACGCCACGUCGUGGAGCAGCAGCAUUUGCACGUCUCCGAGAAACCGCUGAUUCUUACACCAGCUAUUCAUUGACUUUUGAAGAUAGGGGGGUGGAACAAGAGUACGAAGAAAGUGAUCAACAACUUGAGACUAACUCGCAGGCUUGUGCUGCUACUGUCGCUGUCAAUAAUGAUGUCGGUGAAGACGCAGAGAUGCAGCCAUUAUCACAAUCACAAGUUGAACAGACAUCUUCACAAGCGCAAGUUGACGAGUUCUUUGAGGUGGAACCACCACAAAUGGAAGCUGAGUCCGAAAGUUCUUACGAAGAUGCACAAAAUUCCAUACAUCAUGAAGUACCUGCCCAUGGAAAGUCAGAGCAGGAAUUCGGUGCUGCUGUGCAACAGCGCAACGUUGAAGAUUCCACUUGUACCACAGAGACCUAUGUCUCUGCAAGAGGCAGCGCUGAGCGACUACCUCAGCAGGAGUACAUCACGCACGUAAAGGCAGAGUGUGUGACUCCUCCAGAACCAGAGCUUAUGCUGCAGAAAACACUUUGUUCAUCAAGUACUGGAGAGACAGUAAGCAACUCGGAGGCAACCCCUAUAAUGAGCGCAGAAAUCAAGAAGGAGAUACCUUCCUCCAGAGAGGAGCAUGUACAAAGUUGUGCUAAAGGCGUGUCGACGGAAUCGCAGACCAGAGUUUUGAGGUCUACUACUAGAGCACAAACAGCCGCUGCCAAGACUCCGUCUCGACCACAUUACGGGUAUGAUACCACCGCUUCUUCUUCGAGGAAUUAUAAUUUGCGCGGUGUUGCGCCGACACCACAGUACGGAGAGGAACCACGGGCAGCAGCGGGAGCUUCGCAUACACGCAUUGCAAGGGUAGUUCAUGAACAUAUCGUAACAACGCCAUGUAAACGACAGUACAAGUCAGCAGUACGGCGCGUCAUGGAAGACCAGGAGCUUGCCAGAACACUGUCGCCAAAGCGAGCAACGGUUCCCACGCCUUCUCGCACAAGAGCAGCCGCUAAAAACUCGCGUGCUGACACGAAAGCGGAGGCUAAAGCGAGGGCAGAAGCAUUGCGAAAGGAGAAAGAAGAGAAAGCAGCGCUGCUAAGGGAAGAACAGUGUAGAGAACGAGCAGAACGGCUGCGAAAAGAAAGAGAAGAAAAGCAGUUGAGGGCAAAACGAAGGCGCCAUGAAAAAGAAGUCGAAGAGAAACAGAAGGCAGAAGCGCUUAAAAAGAAAGAGGAGCUUGAAGACAGAAGGCGUGAAGAAUACCGGCUGCACAAAAGUCCCGCGCGGAGUAAUGCAGUCUCACGUGUCAAUAGUCCUUCGAGAUUGCCGAAAAUUGUUGCUAGUCAACCGCGAACUGCCUCUAAGGCACUAUUCGUUUCUACGCCAGGUCGUGUUCCGUCAAAAAUAGCUAGAGUGCAGGAGAAGGGGGGAGAAAGUACACGAGAACCAACAAUGAACACACCUUCGCGCGAAAAUCGUCGGAAGCCAUACCCGAGCAGAAUGGCUCGACAGAACAGUGGUGAUUCUGCUGGAAGAUGUCUGUGGUCACCCAAAGAAGAAGUGGUAUCCCACGAUCGUCUUUUUGAGGAAGAGGUAGACUCUCCUCACACAAAAGAGAGGUGCGAUCAAGUGAAGAAACUUGCUGCGGAACACAGAGAAAAGCUAAGACACGAAGAAGAGGAGCGUAAGCGAAUUAGAUUAGCUCGCGAAGAACGUCAAAAUCUAGCAGUGCCUAAAAUGGAGGUCGACGAUUUCGAUGAAUGCGAUAAUUUGAAUCAGGCAUUACCGCAAGCACUAAGUGAAGAUAUGCGAAAUUGUCGUUUGAGAACAGAAGAAGAAGAGCGCGGAGGUUCGGAAGAAGAAUGCGAUCACUUGAUGCAUGUAGAAGCAGAUGAAUUGAUGCAAGAAGAAGAACGGUAUCGACAAGAGGAAGAGAAUCGUCGCAGAAGAUUGAGUGAAGAAGACAGAAAAGCUAGUAGAGAGCGUGAAGAAGCUCUUGCUCAAGAGCUUUUGGAAGCAGAGAGGAGGAGAAGAGAGGAGGAAGAAGAACGUAUCCAAGAAGAGCAGAAACGAAUAUUGGAGGAGAAAAAGAUGCAGGAGGCAGAAGCGAGAAUCAAGGAGCACCGGCGUUUAGAAGAGGAGGAGGCUAAAGCGCGUCUGAACGUUAGUUCAAGCGCCGAACUUUUCAAUCGGCAUCUGGCCAAUGUUAGUAUGAAUACAUCAAAUGUUGAAAAUAGAUCACCUUCCCGUAACGACAGUCAUAGUUCCUACGAAAUGACUCCUGAUAAAAAGUUCAAACCGGCAAGCGAAAAUGAUUACAACAUUGAGGAUCUUUCGAGCGGAGAUGAAACUGACCAGGAGGACGCUCCUCGUAAGAAGGUACCUGCUUGGGCAGAAGGCGAUCGUUUAAAACGGGCUCUGGAACGAAUAGUAAGAGAAGUUCGGAGUGGCAGUUUUGAUCCUAAUACUUAUUUUGGAGGAACCGAGGCGCCUGACCUUACGCUGAUCUUCGGGAAUACCAAGCGAUAUCCGCGGCGAGGUUCCUCCGGAAUUUGGGAGUCUCCCAUCAACAAGCCGCGCCAAGGCGUGGGUUUUGUCAGUGCGAUAAUGAGCGCAGUCAAGGAAACACCUAAGUUUGUUCCAAAGCGUACGGGCGUAUCGCGUUUCUCCCAUAGGUUCUGGUAUGUAGUGACUCUACCACUACGUCGAAGCGGACCUGCUUUUGCUUUCGUUAUGACCGUUUAUGUAAUAGGUUACAAUGUUGGAGUGCGAUGGUGGAAAGGACCUGAUCAUCCGGUAAAUCGCUUCACUUGGCGGAGAAUGGAAGCGGAAGACUUUUCGGCAAUUUCACAGACUCAUAUUCAAGUUCUGACGCAGUAUAGAAGAACUGGUGAAGACAACACGUUUGGCUGUCCGGGUAUGACUCAUUUGAACAUAAACCAACGUAACCAAACCAACUCAAGAUAUGUGUUUACUGGUAUGGAUCCCAUUUACGAUACAGAGUUUGUUUUCACCGAGAGUUUUGCGCCAAAACCAGUGCGGACAUUCGUAGUGAAUACUAAUGCCGCUUUGCAUUCCAUCAAUGCAAAUGUUGAGCCAUCUUCAGGCGUUUGCACGUUUCCCGCGAACAGUCAGUUCCCUGAUCGUUUUAUUCUUUGUCUAUCAUUUAGAUCGCCUAUUGCAUGGCUGAAGGACAACUGGUUGUUGUCACCUUACAUGCCAAUAAAUACGAUAAAGCAGAAGAAGUUGUGUUCCGUGAGGCACCAACCACCUGAAGGCAUGGAUAAAAUGGUUUCUAUCGCAUUGGAGAGAGCUGCGGCUAAGGAGGAAGACGAGCUUGGGCUAGCUGAGUAUGUGAUGUCGGACGGACCCGCCCAUGAUUCUACUUUCAUGCGAUCACAGAUAGUGGUCCAGAAAUGGUCUCAAAUCAUAAGUUUGUACUUGGAAGCCAUCCAAGCAUCUCAAUCUCCCCCAGUAGAGCCGACUCCCGAUGACACUUUAUUUGGUGGAUCCUUUACUUGCGGACUCAUAGCAGCACGACUACGGCACGUGGUGAAACAGCGUCUUGAUAUUGCGCGGAGCUUGCUAGCAUUAAUCAGCUCUACUCUGAAGACAGGGCGUUACGACUAUCCGAUGUUUGAGUUUUCUGAUCUCGAAAGGAAACUCAGCAAUAUCAUCAAUAUUAUAGAUUGUUUGACGAUCAGCUGUCUCUGA